AAUAUUUCAAAGUAGAAGUAAAAAGAAAAUCCAACCGCCACCUCAGGGUUGGACUGUCAGAACUCAGAGGCAAAGGUGGAAGCCAUGUCCAAAAGGGUUCUUUGCAAGUUCUUUGCACAUGGGGCAUGUCUGAAGGGGGAUCAUUGUGAGUUUUCACAUGAUUGGAACAAUCCUUCUAAUAAUGUAUGCACCUACUACCAAAAAGGAGCUUGUGCUUAUGGAAGCAGGUGUAGAUAUGAUCAUGUUAAACUGUCUCGAUCACAGCCUUCAGCUCAAUCUUCAGCACAACCUCAACAAUAUCUGCUUUCAAGUUCUGCACCUACCAAUGUGCCUCCUGGAAUGGGUGCACAUAAUGCCGAUGUUGUGCCAGGUAUUUCUACUGAGUAUUUAGCUUCAAGCAGACCUUAUGAUGCUUCCAGCCAACCAGCAUGGAACCAAAAGUCGGAGCUUCAAGAUGCAUUGGAGAUUGAUGACAUGAUUGAGUUAAACAGUGAUCAUCCAGCUGAUCGGUCAAUCUGUGCUUUUGCUGCUGCUGGUAAUUGUCCUCGGGGAGAAAAGUGUCCUCGUGUUCAUGGAGAUAUGUGUCCAACCUGCGGAAAGCAUUGCUUGCAUCCUUUCAGGCCUGAGGAAAGAGAGGACCAUAUAAAAACAUGUGAGAACAAGCAAAAGCACCUUGAUUUAUUGAAGCGCAGUCAAGAAAUAGAAUGCAGUGUAUGCCUUGAACGUGUUCUUUCCAAGUCAACAGCAGCUGAGAGGAAGUUUGGGAUCCUUUCUGAGUGUGAUCAUCCGUUUUGUGUAUCGUGUAUAAGGAAUUGGCGUGGCAGUUCUUCCUCUGGGAUGGAUGUUAAUUCUGCACUGAGGGCUUGCCCCAUAUGCCGAAAGCUUUCAUAUUUUGUCAUUCCAAGUGUUAUUUGGUACUUCACAAAAGAAGAAAAGGAAGAAAUAGUUGACAACUACAAAAACAAACUCAGAUCUAUCGACUGCAAGCACUUUGACUUUGGGAAUGGGACUUGUCCAUUUGGGACUAGCUGUUUCUACAAGCAUCAACACCGUGAUGGUCGUCUGGAGGAAGUGGUACUACGCCAUCUUGGUUCUGAAGAUGGUAGCACAGUAAUCGCUAAAAAUAUCAGGCUCUCGGACUUCCUUAGGAAUUUGGAAAUUAGGUGAACAGUUUCUUUUAGUAAUUUCAAGGUAUGUUCAAAUCAUCCUGUUUGCUUUUUCUCUUUUGUAUUGGUGGCAUUUUUGCCCGAUUAAUGGAUUUCUUUGGUGUGAUAUUUCUUUU